AUGAUAGAAUUAAAACUACUACGAAGUAUAUUUUUAAUAAUACUAUUUAUAAAUUUAUUUUAUUUUAAAAAAUAUUAUCAAUUACAAGAAGAUUAUUUAGUAAAAUUAGCAAAAGAUCAUUCAUCAUCAAUAAAUUAUAAAACAGAUGAUUUAAUUGAAUUUAAUAAAAAUUUAGAUUAUCAUUUAUUAAAUACAAAUGAAAAAAUAAGUUAUUUACUAAAUAAAGUUAAAUUAAAUAAUGAUAAUCAAUAUCGGUUAGCUAAUACAGUGCCCGAACAUGUGAGUAUUGAUAUAAAACCAAAACAUUAUUUACCUAUAGAAGAGGAAGAUCCACUACAACAUCAACAAAUACUACUAAACAACGAAAACAUUCAAAAAAAUGAAUCUUGGUUUUAUAGAUCUGAAUUAUUUUAUGAACCAAAUUUUAUACUAUCUAUAUUCCUAAAUGAAUUAAAAUAUCAACUUUCCACGAAAAAUCCUAACAAUGAACAAUCAAAAGACCAUUUAAUUCAAAUGCCAUUUGCAUGGGAAGAUUGGGUAGAUUUAACUAUGCUUAAUGAAGAAAUUUUAAAACCCAUUGACGAAAAAAGAACAUGUCAAGAUUUACAAUCAAAAGCAAAUAAAAAAACAAAAUAUCCUGGAUGGUGUAAAAAUUUAAUUGAUUUAAAUGAUGAAGAAAUUGAAGAAAUUGGUUUAAAAAUUGAAGAUUUACCAGGAUUUAUUGUAAAAACAAGUCCAAUGAAUAAAGCUCAUCAUUUAGAAGUUAUGUUACAAGGUAAAGGUCAUUUAUUAACAAAUCAAGAAUUACCAAAUUCAAUUAUAUUUUUAACAAAAAAUGGAACUUAUGAAACUCAAAUAUCAAAUAAGAGGCAGAGACUUGUUAGAACUGAAUUAUUUGAAACUUAUUUAAAUAGAAAUAAUUUAUCAGCUUCUGAAGUAGUCACAUUAAAUCCUCAAAUUGAAUAUAACUCAUUAAUUGAAACUAUCCCAUCAAGACCUUUAAAAUUAGAAGAUGAUAUAUACAAAAUGAGACAAAUAACAAGACAAACCUCCACAAAUUCAUCAAGAAUGCUAUAUUUAGAUAAAGAUUCUUUUCAUUAUAAUCAAGAAUCAAUAGAUGAACAAAUAAGUGAAUAUGAAUCAAGAUUAAAAAAAAUUGAUAAUGCAAUAACAAAUGAAUUAAAAUAUGAUCCACAAACUAUAAAAGAUAAUAAAUUAACAAGAAAAGAAUUCAAUCAUUAUAAUGGUUUAAAAUUAGCAAACAAAUACUCAGUGCUAAAAGAACCAACAUAUUAUAAAUUAGCAACAUUAAGAAAAGAUAAAUCAAAUCAAGAUGCUGGUUGGCAUUAUGAAUGGAGAUUUUUUAAUGGAGCAUUAAGAUAUAUAAAAGAUGAUUCAUGGAAUUUACAACAAUUAGAAAUAAGAGAACAAAUUAUAUUAGAUAGAUUAUUAAGAAAUUGGUUUAGAUUUGCUGAAGAAAAAGGUAUAAUAAGUUGGAUUGCUCAUGGACCUUUAUUAAGUUGGUAUUGGGAUGGAUUAAUGUUUCCAUUUGAUAUUGAUAUUGAUAUUCAAAUGCCAAGUUCAGAAUUAAAUAGAUUAUCAUCAAAUUAUAAUAUGACUUUGGUGGUGGAAGAUAUAAAUGAAGGAUAUGGAAAAUAUCUUAUAGAUUGUUCAACUUUUUUACAUCAUAGAGAUAUAGCAUCAAAAGAUAAUCAUAUAGAUGCAAGAUUUAUAGAUAUUGAUACAGGUACAUAUAUUGAUAUAACUGGAAUUGGUAUAAAUAAUGCUAAUCCACCACCAGAAUAUGAUAGUUAUAUAAAAACAAAACAAAAAAAAGGAGAAUCUAUUGAAUUAUAUAUGGAUAGAAGAAAACAUUGGUUAACAUUUGAAAAAAUAAGUCCAUUACAUUAUUCAAUGAUUGGAGGAGUUCCCGUAUAUGUUCCUAAUGAUAUUAUGUCAAUGUUAAAUAAUGAAUAUUCAGGAGGAACAAGAUCAUAUUAUUAUAAUGGUUAUUAUUUUGUACCAUGUUUAAGAUUAUGGUUACAAGAAUCAAAGAUAAAAACCAUUUUCAAAGAAGAUCAAUAUUAUUCAAAAACAAAAGAAAAUGAAAAAGAAAAAUUAAUAGAACUUAUCAAGAAAAUGGAUAAUGAUCAAAAAUUAAAACUUCUUGAGCUUAAUAAUGAUAUAUUAAUAGAAUAUUAUCUAACUCAAAAAUUAACAAAUUUUCAUAAUAAUGAAAAAAAAUUUAUGUUUGAUUAUUCUUUACAAUUAUCAAAUUUUAAUUUAUCCACCAAUGAAGCUUAUCAUGAAUUAACUUCAAUGUUUAAAAUGUCUGAUCCAUUAAGGAAAAGUUUAUAUGAUUUUGAAUAUUUUCAAAGAUUUAAUAUGUAA